AUGGAAGAUGAUGUUGUGCAGAGCCGGUGCGUUGCGAUUAUUCAGCAGCUCCUUUGCAGUGGUGAAAAGCGUCUCCAUCAGAAGCCGCCGCCGCCGCCGCAUCAGGAACAACAGCAGCAGCAAGGUCUAAUUGGCACGGUGUCCAAGGUGCUGCGGCAGCGUGCAAUGCUCCUGUACCGUCUUUGCCGUGCCAAAGGGGAGAAGCUCGCGGUGGACCAAACCGAAGAUGCGGCGUACUGCGUGCUCGCUGCCGUCUCAUCGUGCCAACCAUCACUCUGGGCAGUGGUGACGAACUGGAGCCGUGCACUGCGGCCACGAUCGCCGGAAUUGCGCUUCGGCGCCCCUCUACCCAUGACGGUGCGCCUAAAGGACGUGGAGCAAUUCAUCGCCCGAACGGCCUACCUUCAACCGGCGUCGAACGCGGAGGAUGCAAUGGUGUCUCCAGCGAAGGGUGGUGUCGUUGAUGGUGGCGGUGGCAACCGCAACACCAGUCGGAUUUCAACAGGAUCAAUAACGGCACACCGCGGUGCGAGGAAACAUCCACGUGAGGAGGAGAACUCGAAUGAGGCCAAACUAGAUCCGGAUCUAGCGAGACAGUUGGCAUGGUCGUACUUUCAGCUGAAUACACCCAACACAAAGAAACUCUACGCGGUCGUUGCCGCGUAUGAGAAGGAAGUUGGUGGGGGCAAACUAAUCGAACAGAUGGAAGAAUCCACAACAUUUCGGACAGCAGUGCCGUCUGGUCGUCGGCAUACCAGGAACAGCGGACUCGCUGGUGACGAAAGCAGCAGCGCUGCCUUGCCCGCGACAGAGGACGGCGAAAACCAUGACGAUGAGGACGACGGCAUGGAUGAUGGGCUCCUUGCAAUUCCAACCGCGUCAUCAUCGUCAUCUGGCACAGUAGUGCCGCUGCAAUACUUUGCAUUUUCCAUGAAUUUAACUGCCUUUGCGGACAGUGUUGAGAGUGCGUGUGUCGCAGUGUUCUACGACCGACUCCAGCAGUGCCUGCGAAGCCCGCUGCUGUACUCUCCGCUGGCAUGUAUGGAGGAGGCGAACGCCACAGCCGAUGGUGCCGCACUGCUGUAUGCGUCUGCAGGCCGGCCUGAUGCGGCGUACCUUCUUGCCUGCCACAAUGCGCUUGGUAGCCGUACUGCAUCGUUGCGCUCACCCGCUCACUUCCUGCAUCCCGCGCGGGCACGAUUGCAGUCACUUCUGCCGGGACCCCUUCAGUUGGUCACGUCACAGCUGCUGUGGACACGGCUGUUGGUAGUGGGCCUCUGGCUGCAGACAAUCGCCCAGGGGGGGCAUGGGGCGCUUGCAGACAAGGCCCUGCUUUCGUUCUGUACCAGUGUUGUGAAGGCCGCACAGCGAGACGCAUGCUGCACCGUCUGUGACGAGUUGGUGCGGGAAAGACCCACACUGCGUCUCUCGGCUCUGGCGCGCGGAGAAGACAUGACGGACGAUGGCGCGGCGAUGCGUUUGUGGGACGAUAUGAAGCGGAUAUCUCUUGAUACAUCUCCAACUGACGGCGUCUCGUUCUGCGACGAUCUCCUGCGGUGCAUCUCGAGGCGGCUGGACCGGAAGGCGCGUGAGCUGGCGGAGGCAGAGACUACAGGCCAUGCCAGCAACACGACAGCGUUGGCUAACGCGACAACCCCAGGGAAUAAAAAUGGUCGUGCAUCCACUUCGGCACCUCUGACCUCUUCGCCCACACUGCGGGAGCUGCUCACAGAGGUGCGUUGUGACUACCCACUUGACGCGUGCCGCGCGGCACUGAUUGGCGGCGCGGAAGGCGAGGCUGCAAUGCUUUCUCUGCUCAGGGAUGAACACAGAGAGGGAGAGAGCGGACGAGGGGGAAAACAUCAAACGGCGAUAUCUGUAAAGGAGUCAAGGGAGGUGACGGAGCUGCUAGAUGAUGUUCCAUGCAUUCCUCGCCUCCGUGAGGCGGAUGCGGUGCUGGAGUGUGCGGGGUGUCUGCUACUGUUCCACCAGGACUGCGUCUGCCCUGUGCAGCGCGACCCCGCUGAGGGCAUCUUCCUCUGCCAUGCCUGUCGCCUUGCACGGGGCCCACUGCUGCUGCCACCGUUGCGCUGCAGCACUGUGCCCGGUGAGCUGGAAUCUCUCUGA